AUACAAGGGAGCAGCAGUCUGUCAGACAGCGCAGUGGCUAUCACUUCUGCAGUGAAAAAAGUGAAUUCUGAAUUAGCAUCCUGUCAGGUUGUGUGAUCGACCAUCUCUCAGGAUGACGCACCAGUUCCCAGCCCUCUCCAGUGGUCAGAAGAGGGAGCUCCAGGAGAUUGCCCUUCGUAUCGUCACUCCAGGGAAGGGCAUCCUGGCUGCUGAUGAGUCUGUGGGCAGCAUGGCGAAGCGCCUUAACCAGAUAGGGGUUGAGAACACUGAGGAGAACCGCCGGCAGUACCGCCAGAUCCUCUUCAGUGCUGACGACCGCAUCAACAGCUGCAUCGGAGGAGUCAUUUUCUUCCACGAAACGCUGUACCAACACGCUGACGACGGCACGCCCUUCGUCAAGAUGAUCAAGGACAGGGGCAUCACUGUGGGCAUCAAGGUUGACAAGGGUGUUGUCCCCUUGGCAGGAACCAAUGGAGAAUCUACCACUCAGGGACUGGAUGGGCUCUCAGAACGCUGUGCUCGGUAUAAGAAGGACGGGGCAAACUUUGCUAAGUGGCGCUGUGUGUUCAAGAUCAGUGAGGCCACCCCCUCUAAACUGUCCAUUGAAGAGAAUGCAAAUGUUCUGGCUCGAUAUUCAAGCAUUUGCCAGCAGCAUGGGAUUGUGCCUAUUGUGGAGCCAGAGAUUUUGCCUGAUGGAGAUCAUGAUCUGAGGCGUUGUCAGUAUGUCACAGAGAAGGUCCUAGCUGCAUUGUACAAGGCCAUGUCUGACCAUCAUGUGUACCUGGAGGGCACUCUGCUCAAGCCCAAUAUGGCCACUCCUGGCCACAGCUGCCCCACAAAAUACAGCGCAGAGGAGGUCGCCAUGGCAACAGUCACUGCCUUGCGCCGCACCGUCCCUCCUGCUGUCACGGGAGUGACGUUCCUCUCUGGGGGUCAGAGUGAAGAGGAGGCCUCUGUCCACCUGAAUGCCAUCAACAACUGCUCCCUGGUGAAGCCCUGGACCCUCACCUUCUCGUACGGCCGAGCCCUGCAGGUGUCCGCACUCAAAACCUGGCGGGGACAUAAAGAGAAUGAGAGUGCUGCAACUGAGCAGUUUAUCAAGCGAGCAGAGGUGAAUGGCCUGGCCUGUCAGGGGAAGUACACUGGUGGCGGGGACAGUGAAUCCGACCAGAUCUAUGUGGCCAAUCAUGCAUACUAAUGAGCCAGUGAUUCCAGCUUUGGCCAACCAAUAGCAUAGUCCGCUGUCACUGCCAUACCAAUUGGCCAAUCGCAGGCAUAUGCUA